AUGAACAUUAUUUUGCUCCUUGUGUUUAUUGUCCUAUUCAUCAGCGUCUAUGCAAUCCAUUGUAUAUCUCACCCAAAGCCAUGUGGAUACCCUCCAUCCCAAUGGUGCAGCUCUCUUGAGAUUGCCAUAGAGUGUGGGGUACGGAAACAAUGUAUGGAACUAAACACGACUCGACCGGACCCGGUGGUUCCUCUCGUUGAUGUCACUCUCUACUAUGAGAGUCUGUGUCAAGGGAGCAGAGCUUUCCUGACAGAACAACUCUUCCCAACAUGGACUUUACUGAAAGACAUCAUGGAAGUCAAUCUGGUGCCCUUCGGCAAUGCUACCGAGAUUCCUGAAGAGAAAUCAUUCAUUUGUCAACAUGGCGAGCCAGAGUGUUAUGUUAACAAGAUAGAGGCAUGUAUUUUACAUGAAGCUGGUCACUCGGCAUUCCACGUCAUUUACUGCAUGGUGUCAUCUGCAGAUGUGCUAAAGUCUGCAAAGUCUUGUCUGGAACAAUGUGCGCCUUUUGUGAAAUGGGCGACAAUUGAGUCAUGUGCCGUGGGAGAUCUUGGCCAUAGGUUGAUGCAUGAGAACGCAAUGAAGACACAAGCGCUUAAACCGGAACACACUUAUGUGCCAUGGAUCACCUUCAAUGGGGAACACACAAGUGAAUGGGAAGAUAAAGCAAUGUCUACUCUGUUCAGCCUUGUGUGUGAAUUGUAUAAAGGAAUCAAGCCACCGGCCUGCACUGAAGCCCAGAAAAAACUGGACUGGACUUUUUGUUAAUACACAUUGAUACAUAUUGAGCUAUAAUAUAAUGCAAAUGUAAGAUGUGGUUUGUGCAUUUUUAGGUCAAAUGAAUGCUUCAGUAAUAUUUUGAGAUGUUGGCUCUGAAAAUGAUUGGUUGAUCUACAAAACGUGUAAUUGUGUUGUUGUGUAAAUUGUCUCCAUGAUUCAUUGGCACAUGGU